AUGGCAGGUGGCGGCCAGAAACGGAUAAUCCAAUUAACUGGUUUUAAAAAACAAGAGAAAAAGGCACUACUCGAAUGGCUGUUCAAACUGGACUGUUUUUUUUUAGAUAAUAAGAAAUACAGAAAUUGUACACAUCUUAUAGCAAAAAAGCCGUGCAAGAGUGAAAAGUUCUUAGCCGCCUGUGCUGCAGGAAAGUGGAUACUAACUAAGGAGUACAUAAUUAAUAGUGCCGAAAGUGGCAGAUGGCUUGAUGAAACAACGUACGAAUGGGGAUAUGAAAUUGAAAAAGACACCCAUUAUUCACCUCAAAUGCAAUCUGCACCUAAAAGAUGGCGCAAAGAACUGACACACUGUAGUGCUCCAGGGGCCUUCCACAGAUGGAAAGUUGUCCUCCUUGUUAAGGAAGGUGAUAAACAAAUGGCGUCUAUUAGAAGAGUUCUGCAAGCUGGAAAGGCAACCAUAUGUUCAUCUCAAAAUGCAGAGCACAAUAUAACUCAUAUAUUCAUCAAUAAUAAAAUUUUUCCUAUGCAAAACAAAAAAUGUCUCUCUGAAGCUCGAUGCUACCCUUUGCAGUAUCUAGGAGAUUACCUUUUUGAGAAUGAAAUACAAAAUACUGAAGAUAUCCAAAUGAACCAUUUCCUAGCUGCACAAGAAACCAACCAAAUCAUGUCUAACAUGCAGCUUGCUGAAAUGAAAAAUGCUGUUAUAAAACAUAUGUAUUUUGCUGUGGCCAUGAAGCACAGGUUUGCUCAAAAAGACCAGCUGAAUAAAUGCAGUCUAAAGGUUAAAAGUACUGACCUGUCCAGAAGCACAUGGUAUAUACUUGAAGGAUUAAUGGAAGAGUAUUUAUUUCCUGAUGUAAUCACAGAACUUGUUGCAGGUCAAAAGUACUCUACACCUCCCGUGCAACUUCUUCAUUCUCUUCUAGAAUAUGUCCUAUUGGGAAAUACAGAUGCAGUAUUUUGUGCUAAACUUCAUCACAUUUUGUACAUUAUUCUCCAACGUGAUCCUCCUUGGAAGUCCCCGUCUAUGUUAAAGUAUUAUUUGGAUCUUUUUCAGUGUCCUAUCUGUAAGAAAGGCACAUGGUCCUUGAUAGAGAUGCUUGUAAGUUUGGUUGAAGGGACCAAUUCACAGCAUCAGCAAGUCAUGCCACAGACAGUUCUUCUGAAGACCUUUUGGCUGGGAAGCGAAACCUCAGUGCUUUUUACCAAACACAUAAAUAUUCUAGCAGAUUGGGUCAUACUUUCCCAUAGAGAACUGAACAGAAAAAAUGAUGCUUUCAGGUGUGAAAUAGCUGGUCUAUUAAAUGCAAUUCUUGGAACUGUAGUGGAAUAUUGGAUCAUCUCAAGUUUGCUUAUGGACAGAAAUGUGUUUCAUCAGAUAGCUGACGAUUUGGCACAGUACCUUGCCAUUUCAUGUGAUGAUUUUUCGAUAUGUGAGUUAAAAAUGUUCAUUUGUUCCAUACCAUCCCUCUGGCUUCAAAUGUUUGUUGCAGAAGCAGUUUUUAAAAAAAUGUGUUUACAGAGGAAUAUAACUAUUUCUACAGAACCUCUUUCUCUUCAGAAAAUAGUCUGUUCCUAUUCACCUGCUUUGCAAGAGGUAGGGAUGCAGGAGACAAGAAAGAUAAAUAAAGCAAAGAAAAAGAAAAUAGGGCAACAGCCAUGCCCUGAGUCUCAAAAGGCAUUACAGAUGCUAAAUGGUGAUAAGCAGAACCAAGUCAAAGUGCUGCCUGAUCUACCUGACUUAAUCGUUAAUAAGUGCCCUCGAUUGGCAAAGAAGCUUAGAGCAAAAGCAAAAGUUGAGGCUUCAUACACCAAAGAGAAUUCCUACCUUUUGGCUGAAGAGGUACAUUUGUACAGGCGAAAUAUUAAAGACUAUGCUGGCUGGACGCCGUUGCAUGAAGCCUGUAACCAUGGCAGCACAGUGUGUGUCCGUGAAAUUUUGCAACGUUGUCCAGAGGUAGACCUGCUCAGUCAAGUGGACGGGGUGACUCCUUUGCAUGAUGCACUGUCAAAUGGACAUGUAGAAAUUGGCAAGUUGCUACUUCAGCAUGGGGGACCAGUCCUUCUACAGCAGAGGGACUCCAAUGGAAAAUUGCCAUUGGAUUAUGUUGAGUCCAUACCAGUGAAGCAAGAACUUUUGAAUGUUGUUCGUCCAGAAGAGAACAUCGAAAGCUUCUAUGAAAGCACAGAACAAGAUUUUUGCAGUCAGCAGAGAGAACUGUGGUUGAUUUUAUUUAAUAAGAUGCUGCUGAAUUUUUGUUCAGUUUAUAAUCUGUCUUCACCCUUUACUUUAACUCUCAGAGAGGUAGCUUGUUCGAAUGGACUUCCAGUAAUGGCUCAUGAUGACUGUAAGAUGAAAAAUACAUUUUCUGCACAUUGGUUAGUAGGUAGAUACUUUAGAGAGCUAGAAACUUUUCAAAAGCUACCACAGUUUCUUCAAGAAAUAUCUGCAAACAUGUUUUUUUCCUCUGGAGAACAGAUGAAGGCUUUAUUAGCAGCUCUGGAAACUAUGGUAGAGGCAUAUCAGGCUCAUACUUAA